AUGAAGACUUUAACUCUUGGAAUAGACUUUAACUCUUGCGAAUUCCAGCGUUUCAGUUGGUUUAUGAGAUCUUAUAGAUUUGGUGUGAUAACACCCCUGAGCCUAUAUACAUGUGAGACACUUGUACACUUACGACUCUCUUGGGUCAUCUUGGUUCAUCCCGAGUUUGCUUUUUUACCUUGCCUAAAGAUCAUGCAUUUAGAAUGUAUUAAAUGUCCCAAUGAGGCCACAUUGGAGAAACUUAUUUUAGGCUCACCAGUUCUGGAGGAUGUAACGAUCAUUGCAUACCUUGAUGAUGCUCCAAAGGUUUUACAAGUGCGCUCUCAGACGCUAAAGAGAAUUCACAUAAAUGUGUAUACCAAAGUUGUGAGUGAUGCUCCUCUACUCCAGUAUUUGAAGACUGAGGUUAACCCAAAUAAUCACUUUAAGAUCACCAGUUCAGGUUCCUUUGCCAAAGUAGAUAUCUCCUUUGGUGGUGAACAUAGUGAGUUAUGCGAGGGAAGCAUGACUCGUGAUAUCCUCACUGCUAUUUCAAGGGUCAGAGAUCUAGUUAUUAGUUUUGUUACUUGGGAGGACGUCAUUCCAUACUUCUCCAAGCUUCAGUUUUGUUACUUGUCCCGAUUGAGUGCUGAAUUUUCGAACUCUGAUGUGGAACUUUUGCCAGUUAUUCUUCAGAGCUGUCGGAAACUAGAAUCUCUCAUUUUGAUAUUGGCUGAAUAUGUGGUUGAUAGUGAGAGUAGAGAACCAAAGGUGCCUCCAUGUUUGAUAGCAUCACUCAAGUUUGUGGAGUUGAAAAGUCCAAUCUUCAAAUACGAAAGAGAAAUGAAACUAGUAAAGUAUAUCUUGGAGAAUUCCAAAAUCUUGGAACAACUGACAAUGCAAUGGCUUUGUGAUGACAUUAGCACAGAGGCAAAGUAUGACAUCCUCAAAGAGAUCCUUGCAAUGCCAAGAUGCUCAACCACUUGCCAAAUCCUUGUUCUUUAA